AUGGUCGACACCGAAAACGAAAAGGCCGAGAAGCUUGCGGCAGCUAAGAAACGUUUUGAAGAGCUCAAGCGGAAGAAACAGCCAAACAAGAAGGCAUCCGGCAGCGCCAAAGAGCCUCCAUCUAACAACAGCCCUCUCUUAGAAGCAUCGCACCAUGAUAUUACUACUACAGAAAGUGGUGGGAAUGAUGUAAAGCAACAAGGGCUCACAAAUACGGACCAGAUACAAGCUAUUGGAGACGGCGAAGACGCUAUUAAGGACAAAGAUACUGAGCAAUUGAAUGAGCUCCGUGCGGACAAUGGACAACCGGAAUCCCAUAGCACCACCACCAACGAGGCUUUACUCGAAACGCUCCCCGAGAUAUACCGAAAACAAGCUUCUGUAAUCGAUGAGCUACGAACCGAUAAUCAACAAUUACUUGACGAGGUGAAAACCCUCCAAGUACGAGCACAAGAAUGCAGCAAAGCAAUUGUUGAUAGGGACAAGGCGCUUGAGGAUCUAGCGUCUGUAUCAGAGGAAUUGCAACUUCUCAAAGAAAAGAGUGGGGUGGAGCAAGCUACAUUACUCGAAGGAGCUGGGGAAGUGAACGCUCUCAAGAUGGAAGUAGCGUCGUUGAGCCGUCAAAUAGCUCACCUCCAAUCGCAGAUAGCGCAAAAAGAUAAGACCAUCAUCGACAUGCGACGGAAUUCUACAUUAAGCUCCCCGGGAUCUGACGAAACAGUAAAGCAAGAAGAACGGAUAGAGAGCAUGUCGGUUGAGCUAUCGAAGUCUAGGGCAGAACUUGAAGCUUCCGUUGCAUCAACAGAUACCCUGAGGUUAGAGCGUGACCGCCUAGAGACGCUUGUAGAGUCAAUGAAGGUAGAACUUGAAACAGCAACGAGAAAUACGGAUGACCUCAGCAAUAAAUUAAGUAGGCUCACGGAAUCCGUUACGUCGGAUAGCGCCAAAAACUCGGCCUGGGAAGAAAAGUCUCGUUCACAGGGGCAAACAAUAAUCGAGCUAAACCAAAAACUCGAUGUAAUGAAGUCAACAGUAGAUCAGCUUAAACAGUCGAAUCAGGAAUUGCGAGCCUCCGAGAGGGAUAUGGAAGCAAGAUACCGGGAUAUAGAGAAGAGGCUGUCCAAUGCCCAAAGGGAAAACUCGGGUAUGCAGCUGAGGCUCGCCGAGUUAAAGUCCAGUUUGCACGGGUCGUUAAACAGAACCGACUUGCCCAUAAAUACAGACCUACCAGGAGUGGAUUCAAGAGAAGGGGGUGGGAAUGGCGAAGUCAGAAACUCGAAUCGGGUUCAAGGAGACACAGAAGGCAAUAAAUUGGGUCCAAAAGAUCAUCUCUGGAGACAGGUGUUAGCAGACGAGAACUCCCACGAUUUCCUAGACAUCGAUUUGCAGACUGUUGCAAGAAACACUACACAAAGCCAAAACAUUCUAGAUCACCCACUUGCAACGCCAGAAGGAGACCAGGAAAGAAGGUCUUUAAUCCAGCGGGCCAGAAAGGAAUUGGAGAGCUGGAGGGGCCAUCGAAUCAAUCUUAUUGAUGUAUAUCUUGCGUACGAUGACACCUAUAGUAGAAUAUUUGAUAUAUAA